UCGCCGAUAACUGAGUGAGGACACGUGAUUUUUUUUCUUCAUCAAAAACCGUCUGAUUCUCUCUCCAAAAACACUUCAGUUCGAAGAAUGGCUGGUGUGCCGAUGAAGGUCUUCGGUUGUUUUCUCGUUGCUCUGUGUCUACUUGUACCGUUGAUUUCCGCCAAGGCAGCCGAUGUCAAGUAUUGCGAUAAGAAGGCUAAUUAUAUUGUCAAGGUGAAUGGACUCGACAUAGAUCCGUAUCCAAUUUCCAGAGGCUCGAAUACCACCUUUGCAAUUUCUGCAACUACUGGUCAACCAAUAACUGGCGGGAAACUUGUUAUUGAUGUCUCGUACUUUUGGUUUCACGUCCAUAGCGAGGAUCGUGAUCUCUGUCAAGACACUUCAUGUCCGAUCAAUGUCGGUGAUUUUCUGGUCUCUCACUCCCAGGAAUUACCUGGAAUCACCCCACCUGGUUCAUACACUCUGACAAUGAAAAUGGUGGAUGGGAACAACAAUCAGUUGACAUGCAUUACUGUUGACUUCAGCAUUGGUUUCAUUGCAGAAGAGACCUUGGCUGUUAUGUAAGCUAUAGAAUGUUCUCAGUACUCCCAUCUUUCCCAGCCUUUGGCUAAUGUAUAGAAGACUUGUUUUAUGUAUCACGUCCGAACCCUUUCACCUUUAAGUAUCUAAUGCAUGUAUUCAGACAGUGACAAUAAUCUCUCUUCCUCGCUUGGCAAUGAUUUUAUAAUGGUAA